AUGAGGUUACGACAGCCACGACCGCACACUUUGCUUCUCCUCCUACCCGCUUUACGAGUUCUCGCCACAUCCAUUGCCGCAGACACAUCAGACGACAAGCCCGUCGCGCGGGCCGUUGUGCCAGCCUACACCCAAGCCACCUACUCGCCUGAUGCCUCACUCGCCCCGACCGCGGUUCCGAAAGGAACGAAGGAUGCGCCCGUCGAUGGGCUAGACGGCAAGCCCCACGCCGGGCCAUACGUGGACGACGAUCCAAAAUACAAAGGGAAGAAGGCUCCCAACGUUGUAGAAGAUCUCGGGGCGGCAAAGAAGCCUGGCGCUUCUACGGAGACUGUUCUUGUAGACGACGUCAAGGAUGGCGACAAGAGUGUCAUGCAGGACCCGGCACGGAAACCGGCCACUGGCAGCACAGGCACCGAGGGAGGAGUGUCGGCAAAGGACAAGGAGCGAUUGGCACACGAGGAGAAGACGGGCGAGAAGAUGGAGCAGGUUCCCGAAUCGCCAAAGGAGGCUCCCGCGCAUCCUGCUGACCAGAAGCAAUUGAGCGGAGACGCUGUAGAGACUGCAAGCACCACUCGUGUGCUUGGUGCUGGCGGACUUGAGAAACCCACCGACCUUCCUGACUCCCUGCACGAUAAUCCUCUUCCUGUUCCAGGCUCCGUCUCUACCAAAGAUCCCCUAGACACCUCACCGCCCAAGACACCCUCUUCGACACUCGACGAUGUUGACGCCGGCGCUGUACAACCUUUCCAUUCCUUCAUUCUCGCUUUCACCAUGAUUAUCGUCUCGGAAAUCGGUGACAAAACAUUCCUCGUUGCGGCGCUCAUGGCUAUGCGACACCCUCGACUCCUCGUCUUCUCUGCCGCCUACUCCGCUCUGGUCGUCAUGACAAUUCUUUCUGCUGUCAUGGGCCACGCCGUCCCCGCGCUCCUCUCGGAACGCUUCACACACUUCGCUGCGGCUGCUCUUUUCCUUGUAUUCGGUGUCAACCUUAUAAGAGAGGGUCUCGCUAUGAGCCCAGACGAUGGCGUGGGCGAGGAAAUGGCUGAAGUCGAGCAGGAACUUGAAGAGAAGGAACAGCUUGCCCGACACCAAAACCGCCGGAAGUCCUCCAUCUCUCCCUAUGCCCUCGAGUCUGGUCGUGGUGUGCGACGCUCCCGAUCCAACUCGCGACUACCUGCCCCCGCCCGCAGCCCUUCCAGCUCCCCGGACCGAAUGCCUUCACCGCGCGGAGGCUCCAUGAGCGGCACUUUGGGCGCGGUGAACAACCUAUUUUCUCUCCUCCUUAGCCCUGCGUGGGUACAGACAUUUGUUAUGACUUUCCUCGGAGAGUGGGGUGAUCGCAGUCAGAUCGCGACUGUUGCUAUGGCUGCUGGGUCUGACUACUGGUAUGUCACUGCCGGCGCUGUAGUUGGCCACGGACUGUGUACUGCAGGUGCAGUCAUCGGUGGCCGCGCCAUUGCUGGAAAGAUCAGCAUGCGCAAUGUGCUACAACCCUCGGUGAUGGUAUCGACCGCCAGCAGCGCGAUGGCGCCGCAGCGUGAGCCCCCCAGACCGCCACCGCCGGCCGUCAUCGAAGCCGAGAUGCAGUGGAUUUUCACCGAAGAAGAACUGCUACUGGCGCCGUCGAUAUGCGAUGGGAUGCCCGCUGAGGAGGAGCGCACACUACGGCGGAAGGGUGUCGGGUUUAUAUUGCAGGUGGGCAUGAUGCUCAAAUUACCACAGACUACGCUUAGUACAGCGGCCGUCUUCUUCAAUCGCUACCUGAUGCGAAUGAGUUUGAAGCCGCGGCCGGGGUAUAAGCCACUACACCACUAUCAAAUCGCCGCAACCGCGUUAUUCCUCGCGACCAAAGUCGAAGAAAACUGUCGCAAAAUGAAAGAACUCGUUGUUUCAUGCGUCCGGGUCGCGCUCAAGGAUCCCAACAAGCUCGUCGACGAGCAGACAAAAGACUUUUGGAAAUGGCGCGACACAAUCCUGUACAGCGAAGAUGUCCUACUGGAGGCCUUGUGCUUCGACCUUAACGUGGAAUCACCAUACAAGACCAUGUACGACAUGAUGAAGUACUACGGAGUCGAGCAUAACAAGAAGCUGCGCAACUCAGCCUGGGCCUUCCUCUCCGACUCGACGUCCACACAGAUGUGCCUAUUGUUCACGUCGCGAGCGAUCGCCGCAGCAUCGCUGUACGCCGGCGCGCGUAUGGCGGAGGUAGAGCUAGGGGAUGACGACGGAAAGCCAUGGUGGGAGAUACAACAUGUCCAGUUGCGCGACAUCCGGAGAGCAUGCAACCUCAUGGCGGAUUUGUACGAGAAGUCGCCAGACAAAGAUGGAGAACCGUCCAUGUACGCAGGGCUUCGGACACCAGAGGACGGCAUCGACUUUGGGGACACGCCCGACGGUAUGGAAGGCGUACAAGCGACAAGCCAAAGCCAACCUCCUGCCAACGGCACGGGCGAUGGCAACGCGACAGAGAGGGGCAGUGAAGAGGGUGAAUUGGAUGGGUAG